AUGGUGAUCACUAUCGAAAGCAACGCAGAUAUGCCAAUGUGCUUAGGUACGGAAGCGAAGCAGUUGGAAAAAGCCAGAGAACUUGCAGAAGCUCAUUACAACUUGGGUGUCGAAAAAUCAGAGGGAGUUGAAGUCCAAGGUUUUUACAGUAGGACUUUCAUUGUGACCUUGCAGGACAAAAUGGAGGUUGUCAUCCAGUUCCGACCUGAACCUUUAGAUCUUGCUCCAUUCAAGUUGGCCAGGAAGACGCUGGGAGAUGUUGUCCCGGAAAUUGAAUUAUUGAGCGACAAGGAUCUUGAAAAGGAAAAGAUUUGGACUUUUUGUAUGACCAAAAUGCCUGGCAGGGUGUGGUUGAACGCUAUUGGAGGUCCAACGAUGGCAGAUGCUAAUGUUUCAAUCAACAAAUCUUUGGGUCGAAUCUUCUCACAGGGCUAUAUUGAAGGAGAGAGUACGGAAAUGGUUGAAAGGGACAUUCGCCCUCAUCUUGAAAUGCUUGUAGCUUCCGAAAACAGCGCAGUGCGGCCCUUCAGAGAUGUCUCGAAGGAAUUUCUUCGCAAGCUGGAUACGCUGAAAGUAUUACCACUAUUCGUAUCCCACUUCUCACUCAGCCAACUCAACAUUCUUGUCGACGAAAAUCACCAAGUCUCGGGAAUCGUUGACUGGGAGUUGUCACAACCAUUGCCGUUCGGGAUGGGGUUUGCGCGCAUCCAUACACUUGCAGGAGAGUACCGCGAUGGCGAAUUUGAGAUGCCUGAGAAGUUCGAGGAUGCUGAGAGAGGGUUUUGGGACGAAGUUUUCAAAGGACUCACACCCGAUGUUCGCGAUAUUCUAGGCGCAAAUCUGGAAGCGAUACAAAUGGCUGUGUGGCUUGGAACGUUGCUGGAUACAUUUCAUGUGGAUGCUGGCCAGAUUGGAAACUGCAACCCGGUAACGCUCAGAGCUCUGCCCAAAUUUCUUUCAUAUCGAUUACCUUCUUUGAGAGGGUUGGAUCCACCUUAUUCGAACUGA